AUGGAAAGAAUAUUUAUACUAACUAAAACUCAUUUAAAACUACCAGAUACAUACGAAUUUGGAGUAGAUAAAAAGACAAUUAAAUUUAUUAUUUUAUUAACUAUUUUCAUUAUAUUUCUUAUAAUUAUAUCAACUAUUUCUUCAUCAAAUCGAAAAUUAAUCAUAAAAAAUAUAAUAAAUCCAGUGGAUAAUUUUUAUUCUUGUAUUGCUGUGCUUGUCGAAUUUCGUACAGUUGAUCAUAUUAUUGCAAUUGUUCAUAAUGUUAAUCAUCAUAUUCCAUCAACAUGGCCAAUUCAAAUAUUUCAUGGAAAAGAUAAUGAAGGUUUUAUUAGAAAUUCAACUUUAGCACCAUUAAUUGCAUCAGAAAAAAUUCUUCUUACAUUCAUGAAUCAAACUUAUGAUCGUGCUCGAACAAAUGAAUUAUUAACAGAUCGUAAAUUUUGGCAACGUGUUCGUGGUGAAAAAAUCCUUCUUUUUCAAAUCGAUUCAGCUAUGUGUUCAAAUUCUCCACAUAAAAUUACUGAUUUUCUUCAAUAUGACUACAUUGGUGCUCCAUGGGAUCUUUCAUUUUUUACAUUUGAUAAACAAUAUCGUGUAGGAAACGGUGGAUUUUCAUUACGAAGUCGUAGUAAAAUAAUUGCUUUACUUGCACUUGUGCCAUAUGAUUCCAGAAUGCCAGAAGAUGUUUGGUAUGCACAAAAUUUACAUCGAGUUAAUGGAUCAAUACCUUCAAUUGAAAUAGCAAAAACAUUUUCUGUUGAAUCAAUGUAUUAUGCACGACCAUUAGGUGUACAUCGAUUUCCUUGGCAUUGUCGAUUUCGUGCAGAUUUAGCAAAUACAUGUCCUGAAUCAAUGCUAAUUAUGCCAGAUGUAUGCCAUUAA